AUGGCAUUCAUGUAUUUGAGGCGUUAUUACAAGAUCCAGUCUUUGACAUUCACAAAUGCACAUGUAGUCUGCCUGGAGUUUGGAGGCGGAGUAUUAGCGAGCGCAGCAACGGCAUCCGUUGUGGAAUUUGGAGCGCAGCUAGCUGGGCGCUUAGCACCUUCACUGCAAGAGUAUCUUCUGCAGUCGCCUUCAAUGGAGUUCCUGGAUAGCUCAGUCGCACCCCGGACUGAUGCAGUUCAUGAGGCUGCAUCCCUAAAUGAUACCAGCGCGGAUAUGGGAGCACAACCUGAGCUUAUUCCUGUGCUCAAUAUGUUUCCGUUAUUCAACUGGAGCACGCGACACAUCAUGCUCUACUCUCUCGUAAGUGUCUCUUUUUUCGUUGUCGUUAUGUGUAACGACCUUCAUCANUCGAUUACAAGUAAUGGUAAAUGGAGAGUGUUUCUUUCCCUUGUGUUAUCGUAA